CUUGCACCAGAGCAAAUGUUUAGUCCCUCGAUCACUCACCUCCUCAAGCUCCUCCAAGAAAUCAACCUUCGGCAUUUCUCCGGUCCUUCCCUCCCUCUCCGCCCAAGGAGAGAACAAAAUUGAGAGCGAGGGAGGAAAGAUAGGAGAGAGGGCAAAAGGCUACCUGGGAGCUCAUUGUCUAGCGUCCCUGUGGGGGGAUAAAUCUCGAAACACAAAAUCAGGCACCUAGGAUCAGCAGACAGUCCGCUGGGAAGAGAGGCAUCUUCUUGAGGAGGAGGAGCAGGAUCCGUACAGAGGGAAGGAGCUGACUUAGAACAACAGCGUCUCAGAUAAAAGGUAGCCUUAGGGAAUGGAGCGGGAGGGAAUAACCUUAUCCGAUCCAUACGGUAGCUAUCGCUUAUUCAACUGCAGCCUGCGCCGUACGAGGAUACGUGAAUGGCACAGUCACGCCGGAGAUAGCAGCAGAGCCAUUUCUCUCGGCCUUUACCGAACGCGAAAACCAAACACAGAACAUAACCCCCGCCCACUCCCAGUCCCCCAGAGUGUCAUCGCAGCCCCACAGCCAUCCCUGGCAUGGGGACCCGGCGGAAUCAAGCCUUGCGAAGGGGAUUCAUAUGAUCACUGGAGGAGAUGGAGCAGCUGCUGCGGCUGCUAGUCACUUUCCCUUUCUCCAAAAGCGCCGUGCUCCCAGCACAGCUGCUUUCAGCUCCUGCUUCCCCGUAACAUCUUCUACGCUACACUUGUUCCUCUCGCCAAUAAAGGUAGAUUUAGUCCAUGGUUUGGUGUGGUUAGUUCCCCCCAGCCCUUCCGUAUCCUCUGUCACCCCCUACCCCAUGGUGUUGACUCGCGGGGGUUCAGAGGAAAGCCACGGAAAGGCACUGACUUCAUAUUAAAGUCCUAGUAAUCAUGAACCACAGCCCAGGGUAUCUCUGGAGAAGUACAGACCAGUGCAGUAUCUCUGAUGUUGCCCCCUCUUGAAUUCUCAUUGGAUCCUCCCCAGCUCCCUAAAUCAUUCCCGCUGCUAUAUCUAUCAGCAUGAUUACAGCCUCGCUCACUAGUUCUCUCCGUAUCUCACUGUCUCCACCACAUCCUUGUACUUUUCUGUGCAGAUUUCUCUGUGCUCCUUCCUCUCGAGCUGGGUUGGCAGAGCCUCUGCCUUUUUUAACCUUUAGGAAGUCUCACGAUUUGUUAUUAUUUAUCUCUUUUGUCUAAGGAUCAUCACAGAUCCCCCACUCCCCCACACGCACACUUCUCUUGACAGAUUUGAUUCCUUUCUCUCUCUCUGUCUCUCUCUCACACACACACAUCCACACACGCAUACACAGUGGUUUAUUUUACUUGGUUCUGUGCCACCAGGACCUGCUGAUUAUUUCUAAAGGGCCACCACCAUGCAGAUCCCAGUUUUAGCAUGAAGCUGAAGAUCAUGGAAUGUCUGCUUGGAUUCUGGCUUCGUUUCGCUCACAAUCAUCUCGCUUCCUGAAAUUUCACCUGGUGUUGAGGGAAAGCUAAGAGAAUGAAGACUCUAAGCCCACAGUGGAAGCAUGAUAUGGCGAUGCAGUGCUGGUGCUGAAUUGUUCUCUCUGAUGGCUCUAUGGGAGUGGAUAGCACUGAGUCUUCAUUGCUGGGUUUUAGCGGUUGCUGCCGUUUCGGAUCAGCAUGCCACAAGCUCCUUCAACUGGCUCCUCUCUGAUAAGGGACCCUUCCAUCGCUCACAGGAAUACACAGAUUUUGUGGACAGAAGUCGACAGGGAUUUAGCACAAGAUACAAGAUUUACAGAGAGUUUGGCCGCUGGAAAGUAAACAAUCUAGCUGUUGAAAGAAGAAAUUUCCUUGGCUCCCCACUGCCUCUUGCACCUGAAUUCUUUCGCAACAUAAGACUACUAGGACAUCGCCCAACCCUUCAGCAAAUCACAGAGAACCUUAUCAAGAAAUAUGGGACACAUUUCCUACUGUCAGCUACCUUGGGAGGAGAGGAGUCACUCACAAUUUUUGUGGACAAGCGGAAGCUGAGUAAGCGAUCAGAAGGAAGUGAUCCCAGCACCAACAGUUCUUCUGUGACUCUGGAGACUCUGCACCAACUGGCAGCCUCUUAUUUCAUUGACAGGGACAGUACUCUCCGUAGACUUCACCAUAUUCAGAUUGCCUCCACUGCCAUCAAGGUAACAGAAACCCGGACUGGUCCUCUUGGCUGCAGUAACUAUGACAACCUAGAUUCUGUCAGUUCUGUUCUGGUUCAGAGUCCUGAAAAUAAGAUUCAGUUGCAAGGUCUUCAGCUCAUCCUACCUGAAUAUCUGCAGGAGCGUUUUGUGCAGGCAGCUUUGAGUUAUAUUGCCUGCAAUUCAGAGGGGGAGUUUAUCUGCAAAGAUAAUGAUUGCUGGUGUCAGUGUGGCCCCAAAUUCCCAGAGUGCAACUGUCCGUACAUGGACAUUCAAGCCAUGGAAGAAACCCUGCUUCGCAUAAGUGAAACCUGGAAUGCUUACAACAGCGAAUUUGAAGAGUCAGCUGCCAACCAUUCAAAGUCUACCUACAAUGUGGACACCAGCUUAGAUGAAUUCAAGUUCUUUAUGAAAAGGCUGCCCAUGAACUAUUUCCUCAACACGUCUACCAUAAUGCAUUUGUGGACAAUGGAUUCUAAUUUUCAGCGUCGUUAUGAGCAACUGGAAAACAGCAUGAAACAACUUUUCCUUAAGGCACAGAAAAUUGUGCACAAGCUCUUUAGCCUAAGUAAGAGGUGCCAUAAACAGCCACUCAUCAGCUUGCCAAGACAGAGAUCAUCAAUCUAUUGGCUAAACCGCAUCCAAUCCUUUCUGUACUGCAAUGAAAAUGGUCUUCUGGGAAGCUUUUCUGAAGAGACUCAUUCGUGCACCUGCCCUCAUGAUCAGGUCGCCUGCAAUGGGUUCCUUCCCUGCAUUGUGGGAGAUGGCUCUGCAUGUUUGACCUGUGCACCUGACAACCGCACCCGCUGUGGGAACUGUAAUACUGGAUACAUGCUAAGCCAAGGGCUUUGCAAGCCUGAAGUGGCAGACUCCACAGAGCACUACAUUGGGUUUGAGACUGAUCUUCAGGAUCUGGAGAUGAAGUAUUUAUUGCAAAAAACAGACCGGAGGAUUGAAGUCCAUGCCAUUUUCAUCAGCAAUGAUAUGCGCCUCAAUAGCUGGUUCGAUCCCUCCUGGCGCAAACGGAUGCUCCUUACCCUUAAGAGUAACAAGUACAAAUCUAGCUUGGUCCAUAUGAUACUGGGUAUCUCUCUUCAAAUUUGCCUAACAAAAAACAGCACCUUGGAACCUGUUCUAGCUGUUUACGUCAACCCUUUUGGAGGCAGCCACUCUGAAAGCUGGUUCAUGCCUGUGAAUGAAAACAGUUUCCCAGACUGGGAGCGGACUAAGCUGGACUUACCUCUUCAGUGUUAUAACUGGACGCUGACUCUAGGCAACAAAUGGAAGACAUUUUUUGAAACAGUACAUAUCUACUUGAGGAGUCGAAUUAAGUCAAAUGGUCCAAAUGGCAAUGAAAGCAUCUACUAUGAACCCCUGGAAUUUAUCGAUCCUUCACGUAACCUAGGCUACAUGAAAAUCAACAACAUCCAAGUGUUUGGCUACAGCAUGCACUUUGACCCAGAAGCAAUUCGGGACUUAAUUUUGCAGCUGGACUACCCCUAUACUCAGGGAUCACAGGACUCAGCACUUUUGCAGCUAUUAGAGAUACGGGACCGUGUAAAUAAACUCUCCCCGCCUGGCCAGCGUCGUCUAGACCUGUUCUCUUGCUUGCUACGACAUAGACUCAAACUAUCUACCAGUGAGGUGGUGAGGAUUCAAUCCGCUUUGCAGGCCUUUAAUGCCAAAUUACCAAACACAGUGGAUUAUGACACAACCAAAUUAUGUAGUUAACCAUCAAUGUGAAGCACAACACAAAACCUUGAAGGAGUUUUUACAGUGCUUUUGUGGAACAGUUUAUGUUUGGAAGAGUAAAUUUAAAUUGUCUUUUCAAUAUCUGUCUUAUAUCAGUCAAUACCAUUGGAUGGCAAUUUACACACAUGAACUUGCUGACAAUGAAUAUAUUAUACCUGCAGUUUUGGUUUAUGAAUGAAAUAAAUACUGACACCAGUCUAGAAGACAUUCUACUUUUUACAAUAAAUUUCAUUUGUAAUUUUAUAUGUUCCAUGGCAAUGCUUUUGUGCAUUACAUCCUCUAGAGGGAACAUAAAAGGAUACCAAUAAAA